AUGUCAGGGCGCCCAAGGAAGGCUUGCAGCACCUGUAAACUCCAAAAGAUACGCUGUACGGGCGAGAAACCCAAAUGUAAACGCUGCGUACGACUUGAGCAUAGCUGCAGCUACGAGGCUCGCAGCACCGUGCCACGAAAAGCACAACAAACGCCUCCAAGUUUAGAUCCUUAUUACGGUCAGACCAACCUGCCAGCGCUUACGCACAAUAGCAAUCGAACACAUGUGAAUACCGUUGGUCAAGGCAUCUAUCUGGGGAUCCCGAGACCACUGAUAAAAGAAUUGAUAGAAAUCUAUUACGAGAAUGUCUGCAAUUCAACGCUGCUCCUACACAAGACAAGCUUCCUGGAAUCCGUUUCAAAGGGCACAGUGGUUCCUCACACUCUUCUCAGUGUCUGUGCUUGGGGAGCAAACUUCUACAAAGAUAGCAAUGGGUCUGCAACACUCAAGGCAGGUGGUUUUAUGACUGAAUGGGCUCAGCAGGCUGGAAAGCUUGCGUUCCAAGAAAUUGAGAAUUUCAGCAACGAUCUCGUUGUGACCUUCUUGAACCUGACACUUUUCUGGCAUAGUCAAGGGUCCUGGAAGGUCAGCUCGCUCUACAAAGCUAAUGCGUUCCACUUGCUUUGUAUUCUUGGUAUCGGAAAUUCGCAGCAACAGAAGAUCCAAGCUUUCGACGUAGAAGUUCAGCGUCGCCUCUUCUGGUCAUGGUACAUCAUGCAUUGCCACAACACUGAAAGUCGCGGUGUUCUGGACACGGUCGGCGAUCUGAUGAGCUUACCUUUGCCAUGGCCUGAGGAGGACUUUGGCCUUGGUACUCUGACCUCACCCACAACGACCCUAGCCUCCUCCGAAGGUUCUACUUCAGUUUUUGCGGAAAUGUCCAAAAUCAUGACACUCUGGUCACAAGCAGUCAAUUUAAUCAAGACCCCAGAGACAAGUCUCUCUGCUGGCAGGGUAACAGCUAUCCUUACUUUGGACGAUAAGGUCGCGCUCUGGUGGCGGAAUCUGCCCUCAACCCUUAAACUCGAGGCGGACUCCCUCGCCACUGUGCCCGGUGCACCUCUCCCCCUUCUCUUACUUACAAACUUGAUCUAUCAUCAAACCCUUUGCGUACUUCACGCAUCGAUUGUACCGUUAUUUUGCUGGACUGCAGGCGAUGACGCGUGGUCAUUGACCAGGCAAUCCUCUGCCCAAGUCGCAUAUGAGCAUGCGUGUACAGUGUCCGCUCUGAUCAGAGCAGCUUUAGCCUCAUCCACGAAGAUAAGUGCUAUGCCGACAUUCGUAGCCUAUGCGGCUUAUGGUGGCUGUGCGAUAUUGAUGCCUUUCAUGUGGUCCACAAAUCUCAGUCUUCGAUAUCAAGCACAGGCAAAUGUGAGAACAAAUGUCCGCAUGAUACAUGGUAUGGCUGAGUACUGGAAGUUUGCAAAACUGCUGACCGUCCAUGUUAAUUGCUUGUACAACAUACAUAAACGAAAUCCACCCACUCUCGACAACGAACCCAAAUACAUUGAUGUUGGUGAGCUGACAAGUUUCAAGAUUGAAGCUUUGUACGCGAGGGUAUCGAUUCUUACAUUCUUGGGCGUCCUCCAGAAAGGGUCGAGCAGUUUCGCAGACCCUGGACAGGAGACAACCGACCUUGGAAUUGAGCCAAGUGUUGCCGAAGGAAAUGACCUUAUGGGUGGACCUGUUGGCGAUGACUUGGAUGGCCCUGUCGAAACCUCCCAACAGAAAGUUCUUCCCACCAUUUCCACGCAACCAAGCGUCAAGCGGAACGACCUUCCUGACCUCAUGCAGUCUCAGCAAUGGAAUCUUCUCCCGCCCAGUGGACCUGGCAUUGACAUGUUCUCGCCAUCGUUCACUCUUAGCAACCUAGAAGCCUUAGCGGACAGCAGCGCAACUGAUGUCAUGCAGUCUGAUUUUGACCUUGAAUUCGUGGAUAUUGAUGGAUGGGACUAUGGGACUAUGAACCUAUCUCCAUGGCUCGGCGUCGCUGAAGGUACAUAA